AUGGCGUCCAAGGGAGAAGGUGUCCAAGAACAGUUUUAUUUUGCCGUCUCUUUAAGUGAGCUAAAGCAGUCAGGACGGAAGAGAGUUAUUCUAGAGAAUGGCAGAGUGAUUGCAGUGUUCUAUGUGAAGGAUGAAGUCUAUGCUUUAGACCAUUUUUGCUAUCACACUGGAGGGCCACUGGAUAUGGGAGACAUUGAGGACUCUCAUGGUCGACUGUGUGUGGUGUGCCCGUGGCACAAGCACUCCAUCACUCUGGACACUGGAGAGAGCCUGUACACAUCCAUUGACCCCUUCAACAUACGCAACGUCAAACAUAAUUGCUCGAAGGGAGUCAAACAACGUGUACACCAUGUACGUAUCCAUGAAGACAAAGUCCUAGUACAGAUGUCUGAUCUCUCUCAACCACUGGAUUCUGAUCGCUACUUCACUGAGGAAUACAAAGAUCUGAUAGAAGGGGUGUUGAAAGAGCCCAUCCUCCAGCCUAACAGACGCACAGUGACUGUACCUAUCCACUCUACUAGGACCGGACUCCCUCCUAGCAAACGCUGACAGUAUCAAUCAUUGCUAUUUGCAUUAUUAUAAUGAUAAAUUAUAUUUGUUCAUAUCACAUAAUUAUUUUUACACAAUUCAUUGUUCACUUAAUUUUUAAUAAUUAUUUGCAACAAAAAUAAUAUAUAAUUAUAAUCAUUUAUAUAUGAUACUUGACAACCUGUGA